UGGUGCUCUCAAGCAGCAGCAGCAUGACCGGAAACGGAGCCCACCACAGUUAGACGUGACCAGGGAAGAGAGCACUGGACUGCCCUUUGAUCAGAUUCCCACCCCUCCCAGUUUACCCAUUGUUGGAACACUAUUUGAUCUCAUUCUUGCCGGUGGUGCCGAGUACGUGCACCAGUACUGUGAUAAGCGACACAAAACGCUAGGACCAAUCUACCGGGAAAAACUGGGCAACAUCGAAGCAGUUUUUCUCUCCGAUGCUAAGCUUAUUCAGAAGGUGUACAAAUAUGAGGGCAAAUAUCCACAACACAUGGUACCAGAACCGUGGAUUAUCUACAAUCAAAGCAAAGGCAUUCAACGUGGUCUCUUUUUUAUGGAGGGAGAAGAGUGGAGCAGCCGACGGCGGACGCUGAAUAAGGUCUUUCUCAAACAGUCGGUGAUCAGCGAAUACACGUCCGUUUUCAAUGAAGUCAUCACCGACAUGCUCUCUAAGUGGAGCGACAAAUUGGCCCAAGAUGACAAGGGCAAUGGCAUUCUUAUCAAUGACCUGGAGAAAGAGCUGUACAAUUGGUCCAUUGAAUCACUAGGCACAAUGAUCUUUGGCCGCCGACUGGGCUGUGUUUCCUCUUCGCAGGACAAAACCAACUUGCCCGACAUUCACGAGUUUGUGCACUGUGUACAGCAAAUCUUUGUACAGUCGGCGAACAUGACGCUGAUUCCGCCCAAGGUGGCCCACUACUUGAAUCUGCCGGUGUGGAAGCGAUUUGAGGAGGCGGCGAGUAAAGCACUCGAUCUGGCCUCGCUUUACGUCACUGAGAAUGCUCGACAGUCCAACUUUGACUCGAGCAACGGCAUCAUCCGCCAGCUGAUGACCGACGGUGAAAUUGCCCUGGACGAGAUCAGUCGCAUCAUUGUCGACCUCUUUAUUGCUGCCGCCGACACGACGUCGCACGCCACUCAAUGGGCGCUCUAUCUGCUGUCGAGGCACAAACACGUGCAAGAUCAGCUAUUUCGUGAAAUAGAAGAAGUUACUCAGGGAGAGCCAGUUGAAGAGAAGCACUUGUCGCAGCUUUCUUUUGUAAAGGGAGUUAUCAAAGAGUCGCUCAGAUUGUACCCAGUUGCACCCUUUCUCACUCGGUACCUGACAGACGACCUCAACUUGGCCGGCUACACUGUGCCCAAAGGACAACUCGUGGUCAUCUCCCUGUACACGUCAGGUCGAAAAGAAGAGUACUUUGAAAAGCCAGCACAGUUUCAACCUGAAAGGUGGAUUCGUGAUCAGGAAACUGGCAAACAUCAGGUCAAGGACAACUUUGCCUGUUUGCCCUUUGGUCUCGGAGUGCGUUCCUGCAUUGGCCGGCGAGUGGCCGACGUGCAGAUGCAGCUGUUCAUCUCUCGAAUGAUACAGCAAUUUUACAUUCUGCCCACCAGCGAUAAAGAAGUGGAUAUUAAGCUGCGAAUGAUUACGACCCCUGAGAAGGCAAUUGACUUGCUCCUCAAGCGACGAUAG